ACUGCUUGUAAACUCAUGUGAUCGAUCAAUUGACCUAACAUCUUACCCAUUGUCAGAGUGUGAAAUAGUGAAUAAGAGUGACCGGCCUAUUGCAGUGGGUGUCAUUGGAUUGGCAACAUUGUAUAAGAAACUCGGGUACUCAUGGGAAGAUGAAAAAGCACGUGAACUCAACAAGAAAAUAUUUGCAAAUAUGUACUAUGCUGCGUUGGAUGAAUCAUGCAACCUAGCACGUGAGCAUGGUCCGUAUGAUAAUUACAAAGGAUCACCUGUAUCAAAGAGUAUCUUACAGUAUGAAAUGUGUGACAGUUAUCCAUGUCAGGAACUUGAUUGGAGUUCUUUGGAGCGAAGAAUCAAAAAAUAUGGGGUUAGAAACUCUUUGUUAAUCGCCCCGAUGCCAACCGCAUCAACAUCCCAAUGUGUUGACACAGGGUACAGCGAAGGGCCAUUUCCUGAUGAAUCGAAUCUGAUGUUCAGAGAAACUACCAGAGGAAGUUUUAUUUAUGUAGAGC